AUGUUCGGUUGGGCAACGCAACAAUUUGAGAAACUUUCUCAGACGGUUGCGCCACCACCGACCGACCCAGCCUCCCGCUUUGUCUUCUGCUGCCAAAAACUCGAUGAAGACGGUGCCAUUAAAUGUGUCAGUGAACUGUACGGCGUGGCAACGAUCGUUGUAGCUGUCAAGGGUCAGGUGCCAUUGCACGUUGCCUGUACGUACGCAUUGCCUACUUUGAUACGCCAUAUUUUGUCCCAACCGGGAGCCGACCCGAACGUCGUCGAUGCGUCCGGCAACACACCUUUGCACUGUGCCGUCAUGUCCAACAAUCAAGAGACCACGUUGAUGGUUGUAAAAAUGCUGCUGCAAGAGUACCAGGCUUCAGUCUUGGCAAAGAACGCUUCUGGGCAAACACCGUACGAUGUUGCCAGUUUAAAUAUGGUGCGGCAGUUUUUACUGCCGCUGCAGUUGCAACAAGAAACGCAAGCUGCUCUAGACAACGGAGGUGUUGGAUUGCCGCCAGGAAUUGAUAUGGGUGGUCUAAAGAUUUCGAAUGCGCAUCUGCCGCCACCCCCCCAUGGCCCCCACGAGCGGCGGAGGCAUGUCGUUGACGAACACUGGUGGGACCCGCUACGCACCACCACCCUCCUUGGUAACUGGACCCCCAGCAACAUCCACUGCGCCAUCGGCACAUUAUACAUCACCGUCAUCGGUACACUCGAGCGUGUCUCCGCACGGUUCUACCCUAUUGCAACAGUCUCUCCAUUGGCGAUUCCCGGCCCCCCUUCAUCGGGGAACUCGGACUAUGCUCGAACGGGAUCAUCCUCGGCCGCCUUCUACAAACCAUCAAGUCAGAGUGGGCGAAGUUUCAUCCGACCCGACGGCUUCCACUCAUCAAGUUCCGACAAGUCUUUGCAGCAAAAGUAUGGACACGAUACCACUGCAUAUUCCAAUGCUCCGCCCCCGCCGAUGAGCUCAGGAAACGCAAUAACUUCGGCGCCGUCUUCACUGAACGGGAACGCCGGUCCAAAUCCAUUUGCCGGUGGAGCCUCCGCGAUGCGGCAACGGGGAUCUGGCCGCUACGUUGCGUACGGUCCCGUGAGUAUUCAUCCCCAUUCUUUCAAUGGAGCUACAAACGCGGGGUCGGUGCCGAUUCCCGCUUAUACGAAUUUCGCUCCUGCCCCCGUCACGGGACAAGACUCAGAAUUUUCGCAUGCCUCUGUGUAUUCUCAUCAGGAAACACUGUCUGGCGCGGGUUUAAUUUCUACAAAUACACCAAAUGGAUCCGCACAAAAUAUACCUUCUCCGGUCGCCACUGGUUCCGUUACGGCAAACUUUCCACCACCACCCUCCAGACAACAGCCCGGUGCACUCGCUGCUCAAAAUUCUCAACGGGAGGUGUCAGGUUGGUCCCAAACAUCUCGAUCUUCGAGUAUGGGUUCGACUCCUAGUGGUCACGGUAUUGCCCGCGUAUCAAGCACGAAUUCGGCUGCCGACGUUUUUGCAACGCCAUCGCCUGAUAAGGCCCAUCGACCUGCUGCUGAGCAGUCCACUAUACCAUCGCCCCAAAAUCUCCAUCAAUCCAUGUCGGAACAAAGUCCAGCGUCAGCCUUGUUUUCCAAACCGAGCCCAACGGUGGCAGCCGACAUCUUUGGGGCCCCUAAACCGGAACCCUCAGUCACUGAAACGUUUGCACAAGGCAGCGGUGCACCAAUCGUGACUGAAGGCUCCGGGGGAACAACUACUGUUCGACCCUCACAAUCAGUUCAGUCAGGAAACUUUCCGUUGGUUGCACCUGGCCCGGGAAACAUUGCUGCCGAUCUUUUCUCAAAACCUGCUGUGGCUAGUGCAAUUCGAAAUCCAGUCGCUGUGGCCGAAGCAGGAUCAGGUUUCCCAUGUAGUCAGAACCAAUCAUACGUCCCGUCUCCAGAUGACUCAAAUGUUCCCGCGGAAGACGGUGAGGAUACCAUGCACGAAGUGCCUUUAACACCAUCUAUCGAACCGCCGAAGCAGGCAACUGGCACUGCCUCCGAUUUGAAGGGUACAGAAAAUGCCUUGUUCCAAGCCAUAGGUAUGCCACCUCCUCCCUUUUCCAAGAAGUAG